AGGAAGAGGAGGAGGCGGAAAAGGCGGAGGAGGCGUGGUGGGGCUGCCGGGCCGGGCCAUGGGGCAGCGCCACGGGGGCUGAGCGGUUUCCAAGAUGCUGCAGGUCCCGCUGCCGCUGGAUCGGGACGGGAUCCUGUUCCGGCUGCGUUUCACCACGCUGGCCCUCGGCACUGUGUUCUGCCCCCUCUUUGGCUUCCUCUUCUGUGUCAUCUGGUCUCUGCUCUUCAACUUCCGUGAGACGACUGCGACCCACUGUGGGGUGCCCAACUACCUGCCGUCCAUCAGCGCGGCCAUCGGGGGCGAGACCCCGCAGCGCUACGUGUGGCGCCUGUGCAUCGGCCUGCACUCGGCGCCGCGCCUGCUCGUGGCCGUGGCCUACUGGAACCACUACCAGAGCUGCCACUGCCCCCACCCCCGCUACCUGCGCCUGUGCCACGUCACCCUGCUGCUCAACCUCAUCGAGAACUUCGCCCUCCUCAUCCUCACCUACGUGUCCUCCACCGAAAACUAUGCAAUCCACGAAAAUGCCUUCAUCGUGUUCAUCACGUCGGCCCUGGGCCACAUGCUGCUCACCUGCAUCCUCUGGAGAAUGACUAAGAAACACACAGUAAGUCCCGAGGAGCGCAAGUCGUACAAGUGGAAGCAGCUGCUCUUCUUCUUCACCUUCAUCACGUUCGCGUUCGCCGUGUGCGUUUACUUCCACCACAACUGGUACUGCGGCCCUGGAGUGUACACUGUCUUCGCCUUCCUGGAGUACCUGGUUGUCCUCUCCAACAUGGCCUUCCACAUGACUGCCUUCUGGGACUUCGGCAACAAGGAGCUGGUGGUGAGCUCCCUGCUGGAGGACAAGCACUUCUAGGCAGCCCCGUGCUGGGGGCUCCUCUUCCCUGUGCUGCUGGAGCAGGGCUGCCUGUUUGCUGUGGAGCUGCUGCUGAGUGUCUGUCCCUCCUGCACCUGCAGCUCUGCUCCCGGGGAGAUGGGGCUCUCCCAGGGACUGACCCCCUGUCCUGGCUCCCUCCAGCUCCAGGAGGGCAGGACAGAGCAGGAACAGGCACCUGCUGCUUUGGAGAAUGCUCCAGGGAGAGCAGGAUGCUGCUCCCAGUGUUGGGGCAGGGGGGUCCAGCCCUGCCCUGCCCUUUCUUGGCCUGGGGGGUCUCACAGUUCCUCCUCCAGGCUGGGGGUCUUGGGGCAAGUCCUCAGAAAGGGCUGGUGGCCUUUUGGGCUGGCUUCAGGCGCUGCUCUCUGACUGGCCUGGGCCAGGUCCUGGCCCACGUGUGCCUGAGUGCCCAGGAGGGGAGCGGGAAGGUGCUGGGCCGUGCAGGGACUGCCUGGAGCAGGGUGGGAGCACACGGGGCACAGCAGGUGCUGGGAGCAUCCAGGUCUCACUCCUGCCUUUCCCAGAGGCCCCAGCAGCACAGGCUGUGCCCGGGGUGCUGUGCCCAUUCCAACCCAGCAGCACAGGCUGUGCCCAGGGUGCUGUGCCCGUUCCAGCCCAGCAGCACAGGCUGUGCCCGGGGUGCUGUGCCCAUUGCACCCAGCAGCACGGCUGUGCCCGGGUGCUGUGCCCGUUCCAGCCCAGCAGCACCGACUGUGCCCGGCGUGCUGUGCCCGUUCCAGCCCAGCAGCACAGGCUGUGCCCGGGGUGCUGUGCCCGUUCCAGCCCAGCAGCACAGGCUGUGCCCGGGGUGCUGUGCCCAUUGCAACCCAGCAGCACCGGCUGUGCCCAGGGUGCUGUGCCCGUUCCAGCCCAGCAGCACAGGCUGUGCCCGGGGUGCUGUGCCCGUUCCAGCCCAGCAGCACAGGCUGUGGUGCCGGGGUGCUGUGCCCGUUCCAGCCCAGCAGCACAGCCUGUGCCCAGGGUGCUGUGCCCAUUGCAACCCAGCAGCACAGGCUGUGCCCGGCGUGCUGUGCCCGUUCCAGCCCAGCAGCACAGGCUGUGCCCAGGGUGCUGUGCCCGUUCCAGCCCAGCAGCACAGGCUGUGCCCGGGGUGCUGUGCCCGUUCCAGCCCAGUCUGAGGAGGAAGGCUGGGUGUGCUGGUGCUGGAGGGCUUUGCCCCAGCGUCCCCAUGGCUUCCCCUGUGCUGUGGGGCUGGAGCUGGGACCUGCUGGGGUGCAGCAGUGCCCUCAGUGUGCAGCUCUGGCUGCCAGGGCACAGGGCACAUGGCUGGAUGGCAGAUGGGGGCUGACAGUGUGCCCAAGCUCCUCCUGCAGUGCUGCUGUCUUGAUUUGGGGAGGUCUGCACUUGCCAGGGUCUGUCCCACCCCACGGAAGGAGCAGUGUGGGUGCCCCCCUGCCCUUCACCUGAGCACAGCCACCACCGAGAGUCCCCUGGGAUGUCCCAGAGCUCAUCCCAGGGUGGGCAGAGCCUCCUCCAGCGCGAGCUGCGGGGCCCUGGCAGAGCUGGGGCCGGGCUGGCUUUGAGCAGGUCCUGCUGCACGUGUCCAUCGUCGGUGUCCCCAUCCAUGGGCUCCAUCCGUGUCCCUGCAUGCGUGUGGCGCCUUGGCUUUGAGGUGGAAAUAAAGCACUAAGUAUUUUUGUGA